AUGUCUCUGCUUCUCAACCAGCCCUCAAAGCUAUGUUUUCGGAAACCUGUGCUGGUAAGAUCCUCUCCUCUUCACUCUGAUGGCUUCUCAUCUUCUUCCUUGGCGCCGCAAACCCUUCCUUAUGCCAUCAUCUGCGCUGAUCCUUGUAGACCAAAUCUCGUAACAGUCGUGAGUAACAGGGAUGGUGACUUAAGUCCUUCUGAGAGGAAGAUGCCUAUGGACUUGGUUGAGAGCAUGGGAAUGAUAGGAACAUCCAAUGGAUGGAUAGCUAAAAUGAAUAAGGGCGUGGUACGUCUCGAGAAUACCCGGCUCCAUCGCUCAGGGGUCGUGAUUUGA